UUACAUUACUUUUUGACCAGCUAAAGGAUUUUAUUUUACAUUACUUUUUGACUAGUAAUGACCCCGGUAUGGUUCGUUGAAGGUUCAAAGAGUUAUUCUUGGGCUUUACUCAGAAACUUUCAGGAUAUUGCAAUUCAUGUAAAAUGCGUGUCACUUUUUGAAAGAGAGACUACUUAAAGCCUAGCCUCUUGCAUCCAUUCACUCACCCUCAAUUCCUAAUUCGUCCUUCACUUUCCUCACUUUCUAUAUUGAUACCGCUUUCACAGCUUUCUUUCUCUUUCUCCUUUCAACUUUUUUCAUCUUUCUGCUCGUGAAUCCGAAUGGCCUCAUCUCACCAACCCAAGGACUUCGAUGUUUUCUUGAGUUUCCGAGGUGAAGAUACUCGCCGUGGUUUUGUAAGCCAUUUAUAUAAGGCUUUGGAUCAACACGGUAUUCGAACCUUCAUUGAUGAUAAUCUCACUAGGGGGGAAAACAUUUCUGAAGAGCUUUUCAAAGCCAUUGAAAACUCAAGCGCAUCAAUAGUUGUAUUUUCUAAAAACUAUGCAUCCUCUAGUUGGUGUUUGGAUGAACUUGCUAAGAUUAUUGAGUGUACCCCCAAAAAAGUGCUACCAGUUUUCUAUCAAGUGGAUCCAUCUGAAGUUCGUAAGCUAAAAGGGGAUUUUGGAAAAGCGCUGACUAAGCUUGAAAAAAGAAUUAAAGAUAAGACGAAGGUACAAAGGUGGAGGGAGGAUUUAACUAACGCAGCCAAUAUUUCUGGCUGGGACUACAAAGACAAAGACAAAGACAGUGGCACUGAAUCUGAACUUGUCCAAAAAAUUGUUGAAGAGAUCUUAAAUUCUGAUUUCAUUCAGAUGCCAUCAAAUGAGCAGCUGGUUGGAAUAAAUUCUCGCAUGAAGGCAGUAACAAAACUUCUAGAUAUUGAAUCAAAUGAUGUUCGCAUGGUAGGGAUCACUGGCCUUGGUGGAAUAGGCAAAACUACAAUUGCAAAAGCUAUUUAUGAGAGGUUUUCAAAUCAUUUCAAAGCAAAAAGUUUUGUAGAGAAUGUUAGAGAGUGGUCAAAGACAGAACAAGGCAAAAUCCAUUUACAAGAGGCACUUAUUAAGGGUAUCUCAGAGGAUAAGAAUUUGAGGGUGAGUACUGUAUAUGAAGGAACCGCAAGUAUAAAUAGAAUUCUUCGCCUAAAAAGGGUUCUUAUCAUUCUUGAUGAUGUGGAUAAUGCCGACCAGAUAGAAACAUUGCUCGGACGAUGUGAAUGCUUUGCUAGAAGUAGGAUCAUUUUGACAACAAGAAAUAAAAGAUUGCUACAUGAUCGAAAUGGUCUUUCAACCUAUUCCUAUGAUGUUGAGGAAUUAGAUGAACAUGAAGCUAUUGAACUCUUUCGUAUGCAUGCCUUCCCAAGUAACAAAGUCCCUGAAGAUUAUUUGGAACUUGAGAAAAAAGCUAUAAGUUAUGCCAAAGGCCUUCCUCUAGCUCUAAAAGUAAUGGGUUGUGAUUUGUGUAAGAAAACUAUAACUUUUUGGAAUGAUGCCUUAGAUUAUUAUAAAAAAAAUCUUCAUGAAGAUAUUCAAAAAAUACUAAGAAGAAGUUAUGAAGGAUUAACCGAAAAUGAACGGAAUAUUUUCCUUGAUAUUGCAUGUUUCUUCAAGGGAUAUGACAUGAGGUAUAAUAUGAUUAAGGAUGUAUUGAAAGCUUGCGGUUUAAACCCAGAAUAUGGUAUUGGAAAACUUAUUGAUAAGUGUCUCAUUGAUCAAUAUGAUGAUUAUUUGUCGAUGCAUGACUUAUUACAACAAAUGGGUAUGGACAUUGUUCGACAAGAAGCACCACAAAACCCUGGAGAACGUAGCAGACUAUGGUGUUAUGAGGAAGCCCUUGAUAUAUUAACUGAAGAUAAGGGUUCAGUUAAAAUUCGAAGCAUAAUAUUGUGGCCGCCUAAAUCAGAAAAAGUAGAGGUGCAAAUAAAGGCACAAUUUUGUAAGAUGAAAAAUCUUAGAUUGCUUUUGAUUCGUAAUGUACGUUGUUGCAAAGGACCCCUUGAAUGUCUUCCCAAUGGAUUAAGCUUGCUUGAUUGGCGUGAAUAUCCAUUUUCUUCAUGGCCACCAAAUUUUUUUCCUAAAAAACUGGUUGUGCUUAACAUGCCUUUUAUCCUAUUAAAGGAACCAGUACUCAAGCAGGGUUUUGUAUCUUUGAGACAUGUGGACUUCAGUUAUUGCAAUCUGAUUACGAAAAUACCUGACUUAUCAAUGACCCCAAACAUAACGACAUUGGAUCAUAGUUACUGUGAUAAUUUAGUUGAGAUUGAUGACUCCGUGGGGCGUCUUGAUAAGCUUGAAGUGUGGGACCUUACCAGUUGCGUAGAACUUGAAACUCUUCCGAACUGUCUCACGAUGAAAUCUCUUACAUCUUUUGAUCUGGAUGAAUGCUAUAGGAUUAAGAAGUUCCCAAAUAUCUUGCACGAAAUGAAAGGUGUUGACUAUUUAACACUUGAGGCGAACUGUACUAAUGAAUUGCCUCUGUCAUUUGGGAAUUUGAUUGGGCUUAGGGAAUUAAGAAUAUCAUCGAAUUCAGGAGUGGCACAUUUUCCAGGCAGCAUCUAUAAUUUACAACAUAUAGAGAAGCUUUCUUUUUAUGGCAAUUUCAUAUUUCCAAAGAAUGUGGAGAUUGAUAGACAGCCAAUGUGCAACUCUCUUGGUUGCUCUUCCAAAUAUGUUUUUCCAAUGUUGAAACGUCUAGUUAUUGGGCAAGAUAAAAUUUGCUCAGAAAUAGAAUUUAUUUUGAAUUAUUGUUGCCCUCUCACACUGGAAGAGUUACACAUCUACGACAGCAAAGUUGUCACCCUCCCAGAAAGCAUGAGCAGAUGUGAGAGAUUACACACGUUUAUUAUUAAGGGUUGCAAUGAAUUGCGGGAAAUCCUAAGGCUUCCACAUGGUGUAAGACGUGUAGAAGUAGAAAGUUGCCACUCGCUGGAUUUACAAUCAUUGUUUCAGCUGCUUACAAAAAUCAUAAGGCUUCCACCAAAUCUACCUCCAUGUUUAGGUGACACAAGCCACAUGUUAAUGUUUCCACACUCAUAUACAUUGCUUCCCUUUUGUCAAAGCCGCAUUUGUGAAGAUGGUUUUGAGGUAGCAGGAGAUGAGAAUGAUAUUCCAGAUUGGUUCAACCAUCAAAGGGAUGGAAAUUUAAUAUCAUUCUCGAUUGGUCCCGAAUUUCCAACAAUUGCUCUCUGUAUUGCUUUUAGAAAAAAAGAUUCUUAUUGUGAUCGUUUUUAUGCUUAUAAUUAUUAUGUCAUCAUCUCCAUCAAUGGUAGUGAACGAACGUUAGCAAGAAAAUUCAUUCAAAAAUAUGGGAGGUUUGAUUAUCUGUGUUUUUACUGUAGACGUCAGAGAUCAUUGCAGGAACUAUUUCCGGACUUGAAACUAACUGAUCGGAAUCAUGUUGAGAUCCACAGUGAAAUUAUCAAUUUUAAUCCUCCUCGAUCCAGAGAUAUUGCCGAUCCUAUCGUUGAAAGGAUAGGAGUCCAUGUAGAAUGCAAUUGCCCUCCUACCGUUAAUAGGCACCUUUCUUUGCAAUUAGGUUUGGGACUUCCAAUGGAUACAGAAAAUGGAUCAGACUUGGGCGUUACAGGCUCAGCUUUUACAGCUUCAAAGCAUCUCCACCCUCUCAUGUUGAAGUCCCUACGUCGCGCUGCAAGAGCAGAUAUGAAGUAUAUAGAGCAACCACAACAUGAUCCAGAUUUGGGACUUCCAAUGGAUACAGACUUAGGUUUGGCACUUGACUCAUCAAAUGUUGAUCUGUUUGAUUUGGGCUCAUCUUCAGUGGCCCAGCCUGUAACGCCCCAAGAUAAAAAAAGAAAGAGAAAAGUAAAGGUCUGAUUUUUUUUUUUUAGUGCCCCACCUACCCCACCUAAUUUCCACCGCUCAUCUCUUUGGCCGGCUCACUCCUUUCUUCUUUUUCAUUUUUCCCUCAAACACUCUCUUCACUCUCUCAUCCUCUUCCACCGGUACACUCCACACCACCAUCUUCACCAUCAUUUUUUUCUGGCAAGAUCACCAGGAAAAUCCUUAAGAACAUCUAAGCACCUUCACAUACUAUAUUUGAGGGGUUUUGAGUUAUAACAUGUGGUAAUUGGUAAUUGUGAUGGGGUUUCUGAUGGAGAUGCAACACAGAUUUCGACAGUGAAGACCCCAAUUUGAUGAUUGAAUAUGAUGCCCCUAUUCAGCUUGUCAAGCCUCGUGAGCGCAACACCAGGUGGCAAAGGAUCCGAGCUGUAAAGAGAUAAAUGCGUUAGCACAACACAUACAGAACCUGCUGACACCAUCAACACCAUUAUUCUUCAAUACCCUCUAUGAUCCAUAUAGGGAAGGAGCUGACUUCAUUCGUGGAUACCCCCUUAGCUUGAGAGGAGCGUCUACUGCCAUCUCUCAUGGGCUGUGGCUCAACAUUCCUGACUAUGAUGCCCCUACUCAGCUUGCUGUUGCUUCUUUUAUUGGCUGAGGACUUGAAAUAAGUUUUUUUGGUCUAUUGGACAAUUUUAUUGACUUGAUCCAUUCAAAGAAGAUAACAAAAGAAAAUAGAAAGAACAUUUUUGCAGUUGAUUUGACUGGUCAAAAUGGACUUUAGCUUGUGUCUCCACUCUGACAUUCUCAGAUCUGAUGCUGAAAAGGAUGAUUGCAAGAGCAGCAAGAGGCAUUCUUAUUGUGUUUCAGUUUUCUGCUUCUUUGCAUUGAGAAAUUUCUGCAUUAAAAAAGAAUAUGGGUUUUAAGUGAAUUAGUUUGAGCAGAAGAUGAAUUGGCAGAUAUUGUAGGCUGUAAGGUGAAGAGAAUGAUCAAUCCUUUGCCAAUAAUGAGCUUGAUGAAAGAGUAUACAGGCAUUACAAGUCUCCUCAAUUAGAAUGGCUUUUCUUGGGAUGAAAUUUGCAAAACAGUGGCACUGUGGCAGCUGAUGUUUAGCUUUGGGAAGCUUAUAUCAAGGAACAUUCGGAUUUGUGCUUGAUUUAUGGUAAUGAAAGUCAGAAUGGAAGAUCAAGUUCGUUUGGACAUGAAAAUGGAGGUCAACAAUAAUGGCCUUUGCCCUUUGGAUGGGAUUGACAGUAACUUGGGAUAUGCAAUACCCAGCUAGGGAGUUUGAAAUAUCUUAUCAGGGGAAAAAUGAAAGUUUGCAACUUCUUAAGCCUCAGCAUGUUCUCAAAAAUUUCAUAGAUCAUCAAGGAAGAGAUACAAGAAGCACUUGAGGAAAGGCCAUGGGUAGUCAAAACAAAUGUGGGUACCGAGAAGGACAGGCACUACAAUUGAAUAGAAUGUAUUGAUACAACAGUUCAAAUUGUUCCUGAAAUAGAUGAGAAGCUCUUUUUGGAGGGUUUUUGAACUCCUAGAAGAUGAGAGAAUGGCCACGAAAUUUGCGGCGAGGAAAUGGUUAUUGAGAAUGGUUUGGCAGGACAUCUAUUUUGCUUGUCAAAUUGGGAUAUAAUUUAGAUUUGGUUCCAGAGAUUUGUGAAUGUAAAUAAGAUCCAAUUUUAGAGUAAAAAUAUUUUUGGAAUAGAAUUUCUUGUUUGAUUCAUUGUUAUCUUUAUACCCAAAUCAUUUUCAAGUGU